GCUUUAGUUGCAGUCGGUCUGCCAGAACGGGAAGAGUCCCGGGGUCCCGACGGAAUUUCUGGAGGUCGCGCGCGCGUUUCCAGCAGGAGAACCUGUCUCUGGCUCGAUUAUCACCGACUUUUUGCGGUAGGGCGUAGCAACUAAUUUAAAUGUUUAAAUAAAUUUAUGAACGAAAUAAUUUUAUUUGUGGUGUCAGUGAUAUCCUGACAGAAAUAAAGAUCUUUUUGAGUGAAAAAUGUCAGACAGUGAUGAUGGUAGCGACAACACGAGCGGAGUAGCCGAUUGGCCAGUAACAGAGGAAUGGUUACAGGCAGUACUAAAGGAGCACCACAAAGACUUAACAGAAUCUACAGGAAUCACCAUUAUCGAAUUCACAGUGCGGCCUGGAUGUGAGACAGGCGAAAGCGUUUUGUCUGAUAUAUUGGCGGUCACUGUGACCUAUUGUAUAAGAGGCGAUCCCGAAAGCAAAAAUCACAACCUCAACUUUAUUAUAAAACUUUUACCUCAAGAUCCGUUCAGCAGGUUUUUUGUUACUGAAGCUCAAUUUGAUUUGAGAGAAAUUAAAUUUUAUACACAGGUAGUUCCUGAUCUACAAGCCUUCAAAAAAGAAGUGUUUUCGGACGAACCAGAAAACGAUUUUGAUCUACCCAUUCCCAAAUGCUAUUAUGCUCACUACAGCCCAGGAGAAAUGGAACCAGAACCGAUACCGCCGUCGUCCGUUCUUGUUCUCGAAAAUAUCAAACCAAACGGGUACCAAUCCAUAGAUUUCGCUUCCGGACUGGAUUUGCGUCAGGCCAAAGCCGCUGUGGAGUCUAUUGCUAAGGUGCAUUCCUUAUCGUUGUGUCUAAAGAUUAUAGAAGGCCAAGUACUCUCAGAAAAGUACCCGUUCCUCUUUCAAACAUCUCAAGCUUCCGAUUCAUAUCAGCAACUGGUCGAACGAGGUCUACCACAAUUAUUUGAAUUUUUGCAGACAAAAAACGACCUCAAAGAUAUCCUCAACAAAUUGAACGAUCUACGACCACACACAAAAGAAAUUAUUGAGAAUCUUUUGGGUGCAGAAGAACCAAUGGCUCUUAUAACACACACGGACUUCUGGUGCAAUAAUCUAAUGUUUAGAGAAGUCCAAGGAGUUUGCGAAUGUGCAAUAUUAGAUUGGCAAAUGGUCACUUACAGCAGGCCAACUAACGAUCUAGCUUUGCUACUAGUCAGUUCAGUUUCAGCUGAAUUAAGACGAGAACAUACAGAUGAGUUACUGGAUGCCUACUGGGAAAAACUGUGCUGCAUAUGUAGGCAACUGAAGAUCGACAUUGAAGAACUUUUAGGAUACACCCGUAAGAAAUUAGGGGAGGAUUUCAGAAGAGCUCAAUUGUUGGCAUUGCUGUUGUGCAUAGGUUCCGUUGACUUGGCAUUGGGUAAUGCUCAAAUGGAAGACCGUUUGGUAGAGCUAUUAAAGGAUUUAUACAAAGAAAAUCUUCUCAACGUUGAUGCAGCUCAAGGACACUAAAGAACAAAGCACAACUGAAUUUCUUUUUGAGUGAUAUAAAAUGCUGUGAAAAAAAAAGACGUUAUUUAUAGUUAUAAAAGUGCUAGCUGACGAAUAUUAGCUGAAACAUCUGCAUCAACGAUAGCUUCAUACUUAUUAGCGUAGAUUAUACUUGAUUUGAUACUUUUUUAUAUAUUUUGUGCUUAAUAAGGAGUGCGUAUAUUAUUGCGCUUUAAUUAAAUUUAGAUUCAAAUAUCUAAAAUCAGACUCAAUGUUUUUUAAAUAUCUUAUAAUCUUAGUAACUACCUAUAUCUAGGUCCGAUCCCAAUACAUUGCCAAUUACUCCUGGUCCUAUAUUGCUCUCGGGCUUAAAAAUAAUUAGGAUAUAUUUUAUUUUGUGCCAAAGCAGUAUAUGUUUUUAAGAUACUUGUUUUAGAUUUAAUAGGUAUUAAUUAAAAUAACAAUAAAGGAAAUGUUCUGGAA